AGGGCCGUGGCAGGGAUAGCCCGGGCAUAAUUGGCAUACCAAUAGUCCUUACUUUCCCCAUACACUUCAGUCUUUUCGAAAACAAGCGCUCUAGGAGGAGCGCGUUGGGGUUGCCGGCAUGGCUUCGUCGAGCGGUGGGGUGGAGUGGAACUCCAUCGUGAAGCCCAUUUUAGCGGCAUCCUACGGAUCAUUUAACAAAAAUGACCUGCCUGAGUUCAUAAGAUCUGUGAUAAAGAGUGAAGAUGACAUCAUCAACCACAGUGCUGAAUAUGACACAUUCUAUUCAACUUUUGCACUGCUGGCUGCAGACUACAUCACCCAGAAUGCAGCAGACUUGCUGCCGAGUCAGAUGGGCGGCGCGUGCGCAGCCGCGCGCAUCCUGGGCGCGCACAUGCUGCGCGGCCUGUCGGGCGGCAGCCGCCAGACGUCGCCACUGUCGCGCGGCCAGCUGAUGGACGGCCUGCGCCUGCUGUGCCAGGGCGGCGGCCUCGAGCACUCGGACCACGUCACGCUGGUGGCCGCCAUGAAGAUGGCCAAGCUGCCGCCUCACAUCCGCACCAGCGUGCCGGCGGAGAAGGAGAACUCAGCCAAGACGGAGCCGAAGCGGCCCCGCGUGGACCCGUCCACCUCCCUGCUAGACCACCUGUCCUCGCCCAUGUACAACCUGAGCAACGGCAGCGACCUCAGCGACGCGUCAGAGGCCAACAGCAGUGGGCAACAAGUCAAGAACCUGUUCUGCGAGCGCAACAUCGCGGCGCUGCAGCUGCUGGGCGCCGGCGACGUGCUGGUGGAGAUGUGCCUCGGCCUGCCGCACAUCGCCCGCUACCUGGCCCGCUACACCGAGUCACUGGAGACGGGCUGCCUCCAGCUGCCGGCCACGCUCACCGAGGCGGUCAGCGUCCGCUCCAGCCUGCAGGCGCUCAGCUCGGACGUGGUGAUGGUGUGGCGGGCGCUCUCGCUGCCGGCGCUGGAUGCGUGCAGAACCUGCAGCUGA